AUGGCGGCCAUCAAGAUUGCGUCGUUCGAGUCUACACCCGUCGAGUCCAUCCCAAGCACCGUCAACCUUUGCAGGGCCACAUUCCGCUCGCAGAAGACCAAGCCAAUUGCAUAUCGCUUAGUGCAGCUCCGGAAGCUCUACUGGGGAAUUGUCGACUGCUCUGAUGCCUUGGUUGAAGCAUGCAAGCAGGAUAUUGGGAAGCCCGUAUUCGAGACCUUCGUGUCAGAGAUCGAUUGGUGCAAAAAUGAUAUUAUGUUUGUUACCAAGAACCUGGAGAAGUGGAUGAAAGACGAAUCUGCUCCGGAUAUGCCUCUCAUAAACACUCUAAAUAACCCGAGGAUCAGAAAGGAGCCUCUUGGUACGGUCCUGGUUAUUGGCGCAUAUAACUUCCCUGUUCAACUUUCGCUUGGUCCAUUUAUUGGUGCUAUCGCAGCUGGUUGCACUGGGGUCUUGAAGCCAUCAGAGGCCUCUCCAGCUUCGGCCAUGGUCCUGAAGAAGAUUUUCGAGGAGUAUCUUGACCCAAAUGCCUACUCUGUCGUGAACGGUGCUAUCCCGGAAACCACGGCCUUGCUCAACGAGAAGUGGGAUAAGAUUUUCUACACUGGAGGCGCUGGUGUCGGAACGAUCAUUGCAAAGAAGGCAGCCGAGACACUGACACCAGUCUGCCUUGAGCUUGGAGGCCGAAAUCCUGCCAUUGUCACCAAGAAUGCGGAUCCACGCCUGGCAGCUCGCCGUCUCGUAUGGGGUAAGCUUCAUAAUGCUGGGCAAGUAUGCAUCAGUCAGAACUACACUAUGGUCGAAAAAGAAAUUCUUCCUGCCUUCAUCGAGCAACUGAAGAUCGCGUUCAAGGAGUUCUACCCCAAGGGUCAAAAGUCUAGCCCCGAUUUUGCUCGAAUUGUCAACAAAAGACAUUUUCACAGAAUCAAGAAGAUGGUUGACGAUUCGAAAGGCAAGAUUUUAAUUGGUGGCGAGAUGGAUGAAGCUGAGAACUUUAUUGAAUCCACAGUUGUGCAGGUCGACGACCCGAAGGAUUCGAUGAUUGUGGACGAGUCUUUCGGACCUUUGAUGCCCCUUUUGGCAGUCGAUAGUGUGGAAGAGGCUAUCAAAAUCGCGAACUCUGUCCACUCAACCCCUCUAGGACUGUAUCCCUUCGGUAGCAAAGCCGAGACUGACAAGAUUCUCAACGAAGUUACAUCCGGCGGCGCCACCGUCAACGACUCUUUCUUCCACGGAUCGAUCCCUACUCUCGCCUUCGGCGGCGUCGGUGACUCGGGCCAAGGGUCCUACCGUGGUAAAGCCUCCUUCGAUACCUUCACGCACCGUCGAUCCGUCGUGACUACUCCCGGCUGGAUGGAGAAGCUCGUCGAAUUCCGCUACCCACCCUAUGACGGCAAGCUCAAGCAAUACCGCGCCAUGACCGAGGUGAAACCCAACUUCGACCGCGAUGGCCUCGAGAUCAAGGGCUUGGCCUACUGGAUCAGCUUCGUGCUGACUCUCGGCGGAAGCGGUGCUAAGGGUGUAUUGUUGCGCUGGGCUGUUGUCGCUUGGAUUGCAGUUGGAACCAAAAGAUUGCCGCAGCUUAACAAUGGUUUGCCUUCUUGGUUGCGUUGA